UUGUUGUGACGCCAGGAAAUGUGUGUUCUGAUUGGCUGGUUUGGAAUGUUGGCUCCGCCCCGCGGGAAGAUUUGAAAACGGCUUUGUGGAGGAAGCGAAGAGACGAAACGGAAAAGUAGAAUUGGUGUUCAGGCAGACAUGGCUCCCAGGAAAAGAACCACAAAACAGAGGAAGAACAACCCCAAGUCCGCUAAACUGGAAGCUUUUCUGGAGGAUUUCGACCUCGAAGUGAAAACCAGAGUGGGCCAGCUGAAGGAGAAGAUCAACCAGCUGCUGAAGGAUGUGGACAACAGCUACAACAUGGCUCUGAUCAAACUCCCCAAAGCCGUCCGGCAGACGUCCUGGCUGGAGCACUGCAAGUCUGACAAACCAAAGUCUCCAGAGGUGGAUGAUGUGAAGCAGAGAGAAGAAGAAGCUGCUAUGGUUGAAAGCGUGGUGGCUGAAGAUCACGCAGUCCUGCUGAAAACCGUCAAAACGUCCAAGAAGAACGGCAGAACCAAGUCCAGCUGUGAGGAUGAGAACACUCCCAGUACAACCAGGAAGGGAAAAGCCUCCAGAAAGCCUCCAACCACAUCAAAACGAGCCAAAGCCCUGACGCUCAGCAAGCAGAGCGCCCCCAUCAGACGAUCUAACAGGAAGCCUCUGGUGACUCCUGCCAGAAGUGUUCUGGAUUCUUCUGUGAUGAUGGGAACGACUCCUCUGAUCACCCCACGCUUCGACCCGAGGCUUCCUAAAACUCCUGCAGUCAGAGUUCCCCGUCACAAAGAGAGAGUGUACAGCAUCUCGGUGAACGGUUCUCCCAUCGCAGCCGGAGACGACGACAUCGUCAUCAACGUUCCCGUCGGUAACGGAGAGAGCAUCCAGCUGCUGGCCAGUCACAUGGACUCAGUAGACCUGUCUCUGCUGGACGAAACGGCUCUGAGGAGCAUCCGACUGCUGCAGAAUCGCCUUACCUCCCUGUGUGGGACGUCACACUGACCCGACCAUCCGUCUCUACAGGACUCGUCUUUAUUUUUUAGAAGAAAGCAGGAUUAAAAUCUCUGAACGUGAUCCAGGACUUUUCCUUUCACCUGGUAGAUGUUUAAAUGUUGCUCAGAGUGAGUUAUUCGUUUCACUUAUCUACCUUUAUAUCCCUUCCUUUUAUUUUGAUGGGUAUUUUCAUUACUUUAGGUUGAAUCCUUGGAAGAAGUCUGUCUUGUUUAUUUCAGUCUUUUAUUUCUGGCCAGUCAGAUUUCUAAGGUCUGGAUUUUAUUUGUCCAAGAAGCUUCGUGACUGUUUAAUGUCAAACUGAAACGUGUUUAAAGUUUUAUCUUCAUUCUUUGUUUUUGAAGUUAUGCUUCAAUCUGAUUUAGUUUUUUUCUGGAUGAUGUCCUGCAUGUUUCUAUAAACCGGCUUAUUGUUAUUGGUGAAAAUACAGACUGCAUGUACAUAUUUCCUCUUUCUGUCUAUAAAACUGAUCAAACAUUUGGAAACAGA